UCUCUCUCUCUCUCUCGCCUACGAACGAGCAUUGAUCAUGAGUGGAAUCCCUGGACCCGUCGUUACGGGUACCAUUGCCUACCUGCUGUUAGGAGUCGUGGCAGUGGGAGGAAUAUACGGAAGCCGGGCAACAGGAAUGCUUUCGAAGGAUAAUGCGGAUAUUGGCAACGUGGUAGUCAGCUUGGCGUGCUUUUCCAUGUGGCUAUUUUGGCUGUGCGCAUGGUUGCACCAAUGGCAUCCUCUGAUUGCUCCGAUCUACGAAGGAUAAACGAGACACACUCAGACGGUCUUUCUCUUUUGGGAAAGCAAAGAAAAAAACGGUGGGGAAGGAUUUGUUCGUCCCUUGUAUGCUGCGCUGUCGGUCCAUAAUUCCAAACAUACAUAGCGAACUCGAAUUUACGGAG